CUUCUUGCAAUCAGAGUUACUCGUAGUUCUUGCAACCAGAGUUACAAAACAUGAGUUCCCUAUCCCCACAACAUGGUGAUUGGCCCGAACCCAUAGUCCGAGUCCAAUCGUUGUCGGAAAGCGGUGUAUCCACCAUCCCCAAUCAAUACAUCAAGCCACCGUCCCAGCGACCUUCUAUAGCUACGGAGCCCCAACAAGUUUAUGAUCAGGAACCCAACAUCCCCUUAAUAGAUCUUGGAGACCUACUCUUCGGCGACGACCAUAUCGAUUCGACCAUCAUCAUGAAUCAAAUUUCUGAAGCUUGCCGAGAGUGGGGCUUCUUACAGGUGGUGAACCAUGGCGUGAGCUUGGAGCUUAUGGGUCGAAUUCUCCAACUGUGGCGCCAGUUCUUCUCUCUUCCCAUAGAGGAGAAACAAGUCUAUGCCAAUACACCAUUAACCUAUGAAGGCUAUGGGAGUAGAUUGGGGGUUGAGAAGGGAGCCAUUCUGGAUUGGAAUGACUAUUUCUUCCUCUACUACCUACCCUACUUCCUUAAGGAUCAUGACAAGUGGCCUUCCCUUCCAACUCUCCUCAGGGAGACAAUCGAGGAGUACUGUGGGCAAAUGGUGAAGCUGUCUGGAACCUUGAUGAAGCUCUUCUCCAUUAACUUGGGUUUGGGACAGGAUCGUCUGCAGAAGGCGUUCGGAGGGGACGACAUCGGUGCGUGCCUGAGGGCCAACUUCUAUCCCAAGUGUCCUCAGCCAGACCUCACACUUGGGCUGUCCCCACACUCUGACCCAGGAGGAAUGACCAUUCUCCUCCCUGAGGCUCACGACGCCGGACUUCAGGUCCGCCAGAGAGACUCUUGGGUCACCGUAAAAGCGGCUCCCGGCGCCUUGAUCAUCAACAUCUGCGAUCAGAUUCAGGUGUUGAGCAAUGCAAAAUACAAGAGUGUUGAGCACCGGGUGGUUGUAAAUUCAGCCAAAGAUCGUCUCUCGCUUGCCUUCUUCUAUAACCCAAAGAGUAAUAUUCCAAUUGAACCAUUGAAGGAGCUGGUGACACCAGAUUGUCCACCUCUUUAUGCACCCAUGACAUUCGACCAGUAUAGACUUUAUGUGAGGAUGAAGGGUCCAAAAGGAAAAUCACAGGUGGAGUCCCUAAAAUACCUGCAGCGCUCAUAAGGUCAUCGUCUUCAUACACAGCUUCUGUUAAUUAUGUGUGUGACAAUAAUAAUGUAAUCCAUCAAGUUAUUUGUGUUGGUAUUUAUCAAUAAUAAUAUAAUCCAUAAUUAUGUAAUCCACCAAGUUAUUUGUGUUGGUGUCUAUCUUUAA